AUGGCUUUUGUGGUGCUGCUGAUGUUUGGUUCUUCUGUUGCAGGGCAGGAUACGGAGAGUGGGCAGAAGAAGGGCGGCCAAGUGAAUGGCCUCACCAACGCAGACGUCGACGCCGCGACGCCCUUCGAGGUCGCCAUCGGCCUCACAGGUCAGGGCCGCUUCCACUGGACGGCGCUGGUGGUGUGCGGCUUCUGCCUGAUGACGCUGCUCUUCGAGUCGCUGGCGGCAGCCUACGUCACGCCGGCCGCCCAGUGCGACUUCGAGAUGUCGUCCUUCGAGAAGGGUUUCCUCAGCGGCUCCAUCUACAUAGGCAUGAUCCUGAGCUCGCACCUGUGGGGCUUCGUGGCGGACACACGGGGUCGCCGGCUGGUGCUGUCUCUGACGCUGGCUGGCAACUGCCUCUGCUCCGUCGCGGCCGCCUUCAUGCCCAGCCUGCCCCUCCUCAUCUUCGUGAGGCUCCUCAAUGGCGUCUUCGUGUGUGGGCCCUCUGCCGUGACGUACGCCUACCUGGGGGAGUUCCACACGGACAGAACGCGCACGCAGCACAUCGUCUACGUCUGCCUCUUCUUCGCCAUCGCCAGCAUCGCCCAGCCUGCGGUGGCGUGGGUGGUGAUCCCCCAGCCGUGGGACGUGCCCCUGGGCGGCGGCCUGCGGCUGAGCUCGUGGCGGGCCUUCCUGCUGCUGGGCGCGGCGCUGAGUGCGCUCACCCUGGUGCUGCUGAGGACCCUGAUGGUGGAGAGCCCCAAGUUCCUGCUGGUGGCCGGCCGCCACCAGGAGGCGCUGGCCGUGCUGCAGCACAUGUUCUCCGCCAACAACUCCGUGCCCCCAGACGCAUUCCCGGUGUUGGCCCUACAGAAGGACCUACAGUCAUCCACAACAGUGACCGGGAACCCCAAGUCGCCACUGUACAUCGCACGCCACAUGUGGAGGCAGACAUAUCCGCUGUUCAAGACUCCCUUCUUGCCCUACACGCUGCUCGGCUGCCUCAUCCAGUUUGGACUUUAUGCCAGCUCCGGUGGCUUCUUCCUGUGGCUGCCUGACCUGAUGACGCGCAUGACGGACUUCCAGUCCAUGUACCCGGACCACGAGGCCAGCGUGUGUGACGUCAUCGCCAUCUUGGCUGGCCAGCAGCAGGCGCCCUUCGCUGGACAGGCCAGUCUGCCCAGUGUCCUGAAUACCUCCGUUGCCAACUCAUGGAGCGAGACCUUCAACUGGACCGAGACUGCCACGGGGGUCCUGCCGGACACCUGGACGCUGGAGAAUGCCUCACUGGAGCCUCCAGUUCUGGAGAUGGCUCCCCGCGUCUGUGCCGUGUCCAUCAGCUCCACCAGCUUCCAAAACACUCUCAUCAUCGGCUGCGGCUCCGCCAUCUCCUACGCCUCGGUCGUCCUCCUACUCAGGGUCAUCUCCAAGAAGACCAUCAUUGCGGUGUGCCUGGUGGUGUCCGGAGCAUGCGGCGUGGCCACAAUGUGGGCCCAGACGGAGCUGGAGGUGCUGAUGCUGCCCAUGGUGUUCGUCGUACUCUCCGGGAUGUGCAUCUCCGUCGUCAAUAGCGUCGUCAUCGACACCUUCCCCACCUACCUCAGGGCGAUGGCGGUGUGCCUGUCCCUGUGCUGUGGCCGGCUGGGCACCUUCGUGACGUCGCUGAUGCUGGGAGCGCUCAUCGAGUCCAGCUGCGUGCUCGCCGUCUCCAUCCUGGGCGGCUUCGUCUUCGGUUGCGGAGUGCUGUCGACGCUGCUUCCAUCAGAGGCCAAGCUGAGGAAGAUGAACCACUAACGCCGCUGCCCGGCGCGUCGUCGACGUCGGCGACAUUGGUGCCCGAGUUCUACGCCGUCGCAUCUCUCAGUACACUGUACACACUAUUAUGUAAUCAAGAGAACAUCAAACAAAUUGUAACCCUGUACAGGUCGAACAAAUACAGUGACAAUCUUUAC